AUGGAGAUCCCUCUGCAGCCCCUCCCCACCCCUCCACUGACCCAUGGACCAGGAGGCCGGAGCCUGCAAUGGAAGGGCACUUCCAGGCGGACAGCUUUACGCUGUCCCUGGUUGUCUCAGGCUCCUCUGAGAGGGAGAUACCCUCUCAUCCAGGUAAUUGACAAAGUGCAUCAGAAGGCCUCUGCUGAGCUGCUGCCACAGAAACAGGGGACAGAUCAAAGGAGGAGAGGGCCAGCAUCUGCAGCAAGCGAAGUGAGGAAGAGGUACAGACAAACGGAAUGA